AUGGCGCCGUUACCGUCUUCGCUAAUGCAUGCGUUGUUUAAGGCGGAUGAAAACGGUCUAUUCGCUAAUCACCUGACAGAAGAAAUCGAUCGCUGUCACCGACAAAUGGAAGCACUCCGCAACGAGAUCGCUUUCGCUAACCGCUGCGUCAACGACCUCGAAGUAAACAUGAUGAUUAACGGUUCGGCAACCGAAAGCGACAUGGAAUCUCAGGGCGCAGGGCAGCUGUCGUCAUGCUACUAUGUCCUCAGCUGUCAGAAGGCGAGAAGCAGGUUCUAUUCGCCAACUUCUCACAGCCUGCUUCAGUUCCCCUAUAGCUUGCGCGGCCCUUGGUAA